GUUUUUUGAUAUUAUAUUAACUGUACCUAAGAUGGCGUCCAUGUGACAGGAAGAAAAAUUAUUUCAGAUACUUGAAGAAUUUUCGUGUCACAUGGCAGAAUUCGACCGUUACUAAGGUGCAAAGACAAUGAUCAUCUGACAAGUAUGACAGAAAAAUUAAUUGACCUGAAAACGGAUCUUGACAAGGCUAAGAAAGUCUACAGGGCUGCUGUUGAUGCUGUGAGAAAACUUGAUGAAGGUCUUAAAAAGAAGAGAGCAUACAGGGAGGUCUUUCACCAAGAUGCUGUUGGCCUCCGCUACAAGCUAAGAGAAUAUUGUGAGCGUUUGAUGUUCUACAAUCCAUUGUAUUAUGGUAGAAAGGCCGAGGAGGUACUGUGGAGGAAGGUCUUCUAUGAAAUCAUUCAGCUAAUUAAAAAGAAUAGAAGGCAUGUACGUGUGGGCAGUUCAUUAGAGACAGCAUACAGGACACAUCUAUCAUCAGCGUGUGGUUACUACUAUCAUCUCUUGUUCCGGCUACAGCGAGACUUCAACCUUAAACUCGAAACUAGAAUCGAUUUUCCACUGCUACCUGACAAUAACCCAGGUAGAUUUUCAAAGACAACAAGACGUAAAGAAGUGACACCUGCUAUGCAUGAAUGGGCAAUGAAAUCGGUACACCGAUGCUUGAUAUGUCUUGGAGAUAUUGCUCGUUAUCAGCAAGAUUUUGAUUCAGGCAUGAGUGGUUCAGCGGCUGAGAGGUUUUAUCAACAGGCGCUUAUGCUGGCACCUGAGAUGGGGAUGGCUCAUAAUCAGCUUGGAACAUUGGCAUCAUCACGCUACUUUAACUGUGAGGCAGCUUACCACUACAUACGAUGUAUGGCAUGUGAUGUCCCAUUUGAAGGUGCCGAGGGCAAUCUGCAGAGAUUAUUUGAGAAAAACCAAAAACGUUUUACUGAUUUGAAAACUGACUCAGGCAAACAAUCAAAUACUCCAAAAGAACAAUGCUACCAGGACCUGAAAGCCUUCUUCGUGAGGUUUCUACAGCUGCUUAAAGUCCUGUAUGAUGUUCCAAUUAGUGAUACGACAGAAAUCCAGGAAUGUUGUCAGACCACUCUACAAAGCUUUAAUCACUGUAUGUUCUACGAGCCUGUCAGUUACAGUGAUGACCUCUCCGAGGAGAACAUUCACUACAUGGAAGAUGAUAUUGUCUUCAAGAUUGUUGUUAUUUGUAUAGCUACUGUCUAUAUAUUACAGAAGAGAGGUUCUCGGAAAGUAACUGCAGCUAUAGCAUUUCUGUUGGCACUCUUCUCCCAUAUUCUAAAUCAUGUUGUCAUACGACUUCAAGGAGCUUUAUAUGAAAAGGAAAAUCCAAAUAAAAUAUUACAGUCAAACACCCAACGUUACAAUGAACUUAAUGGGGAGGAUUCCGAGAGUGAUAAAAGUUCAUCUCUAACUGAUACCUCAUCAUUGAAGAAUGGUCAUGUUAAACGUGGUAAUUUUAUUCCAAAUCAAAACAGUGAUGGGGAAAAUAAACCUCAGCUACCAAAGAAACAGAAGAAAUCCAAAGUUAGAAAUUUACGUCGUCGUAGACCUCGUUCCUCUAAAGCAGUAGUCAGUGAUGAUUCUGAUCUCUCGGAUAUUUCCGACCUUAGUGAAGGUGGUGAUGAACUGAGAGACGAUCUGUCUGACGAGUCAGAAGAAGAACCUCUUGGUUUCUAUGACGAUUCAGACUCAGACAUGUCUGACUCCUUUAUGAAGAGUCAAGAACUUGACCCAGGUUUUGCCACAAACCCAGAUGCUGAAAAUACCAACAGUGCCAUUGAAUCUACAAUCAAUAAACAAAACACAGACUUUCUGCCGCCCGUUUUUCAGAGCUCAGAACAAAGUAAAAUCUGGUCAGAUAUUACGAGAACCGAUAGCUUGGCUACAUUUUCAUCAGAAUUAUUUUCAUCUUCCGUGCCUUUUCUCGGAGGGGCUUUAAAACUAUCUCAACAGACAGAUGGUGUGGAUAGCGAUGUUAUUCAGGGCCGGAAACAAGUGCCUGUACCACCUGGUUUUGCUGCAUCUUCGGAAGCGAAACACGUGGAAGAAAUAUCUCAGAAACUUGCCAACUUUGUGAUAGAAACUGACACUGAGACUUCAAUAACAGCAACAGAAGCAGAGUUUUCAGGAGAGUCGGAUGAGAAGAUGGUGCCGGUGAUGUUAGCAGUAGCGAGGAAAAUGAUAAAAUCAGAAAGAGGACAGCGCAAACUUUGGUCUUCAGAGGAGGAAAAAGAGGCGGUGCAUCAGCAGAAUGUGGUCAAUGUGAUACAGGGGGAGGGGCUUCUCUCAGUCAUUAAGGUGAUGUGUGAUUGGAUGAUGUGUAACUCCUCAGUAAUCAUGACAUGUGCUCAGAGUUCCCAGUCUGUCUGGUGUAGAUUAUCUGUACUGCUGAAUUUUUUGCCUCAUGAAUCAUCAUUCCUAUCUCAUGAUCAGUGCUGGCAGGAUGAAUUGCGGUCAGUCUUAAAGGAGUCAAAGUCUGGAGACUGGAAACAGAAAAUACCUUUACGUGAAGACAUAAAUCUAACAAAAUUUCCACCUCUAAAACAUGUACAAGAAGAGCUUGACAGAAAAAUGAACGUGAAACUCACCGACUUACAGGAGAGCUUCUUGAGAACAUGUUGCCUUAGACAGUUUGGUUACUUUUUAUCUGGUCUAGAGGGUUUACAGUUUACUUAUAAUAUAGAGAAGAAGCUUUUCAUUGGUCCAGCUCAGCCAAUCAGCAUUGACGAAACAGAAGAGGUGGCCAUGGAGAAAAUGGCAGAUACAGAGAGUCGAAGAAAUCAACUUAUGAGAGAUAUGGCCCAGCUUAGAUUGCAGGCUGAAGUAAGUGAGUUGGAGGGAAGUUUGUCGAUGACAGACUCUGUGCCUUUUCCACCGUACCUCAUUCCAGAUACGUCAAGUCUGUGUGCUGCAUUACCCUCUAUCAAGAAGCUCAGUCAGACUAACAGAAGCAUUAUUGUGAUACCUCUAGCUGUGAUAGAUAGCCUAGAUCAUCAGAAGAAGGAGAGUCAUGGAGCUAGAGAUGCUAUACGCUGGCUGGAGGCGGAAUUCAGGAAAGGCAAUAGGUAUAUCCGAGCACAGAAGAACAGUGAGAAAAUACCUGCAGCCAAUACUCGACAUUUAAAAAAAAAGUACAGGGAUACAUGGUGUGCUCUGGAGAUAGUGAAUUGUGCCCUGUAUUUAUCAAGGCAAGGAGGUGACUUUGGUGCCGACACUGUCAUCGCAAUCCUCACAUCUAGUGGAUUUAAUGCCAUCAAAAAUCCAGUCGUGAAGCAAACGCUGGCUACCAGUAAACAGGAAGGUGUGAGUGUCGAGAAUAUAACAGAGUUUGUCAACAAGUGGUCAGAGGUGUUAAACAAAGGAUGAGCCUGGUACCAGUUAUUACAAGAUGAAGGUCUCAGCACUGCUGCUGGAAGAAGUCUGGGAACCAGGCAGUAUACAGACAAAACAAUAUGUUUUUUAAGAUUUAAAAGAAAAUCAAAAAGACAUUUAUUGUUUUUUCCAAAAAUUAGCAGUUGUACAUGACAAGAUACACUGUUAAAGAUCAUGUGUUAUGUCAGUGAAAAUAAAAUCACCUGAUAACAUACAUUCAUGUGAGAUCAUGUGAAAGAAAGGAAGUCAUUAUGUCAACCAAUAAAAAUAUCUAUUCAUAUACUAAAAUAUAUUAAGCUAUAAAAAAGAGUCCCAGUCUGUCACUGUAGCUGUAUGAUUGGUUGAUUUUUAAAGUUAUGCAAUGCUGCUGCCAAUCAAAAGCUAAAGAUUAAUGAUUUUUAGACUGGUAACAGGAUUAGGCUGAUAUGAUUAUCUGAAUGUGACUUUGGGUAUCUAAUAAGAAAAAUAUAGUGUUAAGUUGGUUAACUUUAGCAUUUUUUGCUAAACCUUGGGAAUUUAUUGGUUAUUUAUUUAAAACAGUGUUGUAAAUCUCUUACUAAAUAUGAUCAUGGGUUUCUAUGGUUGAUUAUUAUGGUCUUUGACCUCUAACCUGAAUGUGGGUCUUGUGAGAGCCUGUGGGUGACCCUGUCAAUUGUUAUGGUUCAAGACCUCUUAUCUGCAAAUGCCAAUUUCUUGGUCUUUGACUGAAAAUGCCAAUUUCUUGGUCCUUGACCUCUAAUCUGUAAAAUGCCAAUUUCUUUGUCCUUGACCUCUUAUGUGCAAAUACCAAAUGUUGGUCUUCGACCUCUUAUCUUCAAAUGUCAAAUUCUACACAGAAUAAUGAUCUACAAUAAUCAUAUUAAGCUAUGGAAGAUUUGUUGUUGUACCACUGUUUCUGCUCAAGCCUAAACAAAAUACUUUCACAUUGAUUCGUUCAUGGCCUACCUUUACAGUAAAAUCUUGCAAUUAGCUUAAAUUAUAACGCAGCUUGUUUCAAGACAACUUGAAAGCCAAGAAAAUGGAAUUCAUACUUCAGUGUAUUCGUAAGUUAUGUUAUUUAAACUUUUAAAUACUCCAAAAAUGAAAUUGGAAAAGGAACUAUUGUAGCGAAAUGCGUUUUCGUAAAGGGCAACUCAGCAAUAAGUUACGGAAUGUUGCAGCUAUGCAAGUUCUAGCCUAUGAAUGUUUUAUUGUUACAUUUUAUAGCUUUAAUUAAGUUAUGUAUUAUCUUUACAAUGGUUAGAUAGAUUAAAUAUCAUUGUCUGCCAUUAAAACUAAAAGGAAUGUGAGGUUGUCUGUCUGCAUAUUUGUGAUGAUUUUCUUGUUAAUGAUAAGACAUGAACUGGAAAUUGAAACCUGAUGCCACUGACAAUGAAAUGCAUGUGACAUCAGCUUUAGCAUUAUGUUGGCAACAGAUUCUACCCAUGCCACCAGUGCAGACCAAAAUCAGCUCGCACAUUUGUACCAUCUGAUCAUGGUCAGCAGAAUUCGCUAUUUGAUCAGUUCUUUAUUUUGAAGUUUUCCACCACAAAUUAUGAAUUAUCUUUUCAAGAUUGAAAGAUGGAAAAGAUCAUUAGGCAGGUGUUACCUUUUUAUAAGAGGAAGCUAUCAAGCUCUCUGAUUAUUGGGUUUUAUCAAGGUACCCCGUUUUUUGUACUGGCUGACCUUGAGUUGGUAC